UUUGAGUUUCGUUCGGAAAGAGUGAAUGGCGUAAGCCCUGCAGCUCUGCAGUUCGAGGGAAUAAACCAGAAAAGUAUGGCAAAUUUGAAACGAGAGCGGGAUAUCGAUGAUGAUGAGGAGGAAGUGGUGCGGGGGAAAGUGGCUCGUUCUCAGGACACUGAAGACAGAAGAAGCCGACACUGUCCAUACCUUGACACAAUCAAUAGGAGUGUUUUGGACUUUGACUUUGAGAAACUGUGCUCAAUAUCUCUCUCCCACAUUAAUGUCUAUGCUUGUCUCAUCUGUGGGAAGUAUUUUCAAGGAAGAGGUCUGAAGUCUCAUGCUUACACCCAUAGUGUUCAGUUCACACAUCAUGUCUUCCUGAAUCUCCACACACUCAAGUUCUACUGUCUGCCAGACAACUACGAGGUCAUUGAUUCAUCACUCGAGGACAUCACGUAUGUGCUGAAGCCAACGUUUACCAAACAGCACAUCUCCGGGUUGGAUAAACAUGGGAAGCUGUACAGGGCCUAUGAUGGCACAACGUACCUGCCUGGAAUUGUGGGGCUCAAUAAUAUCAAGGCCAAUGACUAUGCCAAUGUAGUUCUACAGGCUCUGUCCAAUGUGCCGCCUCUGCGGAACUACUUCUUAGAGGAGGAGAACUAUCGUGGAAUCCGUCGGCCGCCUGGUGACAUCAUGUUUUUGCUAGUGCAGCGUUUUGGUGAGCUCAUGCGCAAACUGUGGAACCCACGCAACUUCAAAGCUCAUGUCUCCCCGCAUGAAAUGCUGCAGGCAGUGGUGCUUUGCAGCAAGAAAACUUUUCAGAUCACCAAGCAAGGUGAUGCUGUGGACUUUCUUUCUUGGUUCCUCAAUGCAUUGCAUGGAGCCCUAGGUGGGACUAAGAAAAAGCCAUCAAUUGUUACGAAAGUGUUCCAGGGGUCCAUGCGAAUCUUCUCAAAGAAACUCCCUCACCCAGAUUUGCCUGCAGAGGAGAAAGAGGCAUUGCUGCAGAAGGAGGAGUAUCAAGAAGAGAUGCUGGAAUCCACCUUUCUGUACCUUACCCUCGACCUCCCUACGGCACCCCUGUACAAAGAUGAAAAGGAACAGCUAAUUAUUCCUCAGGUUCCUCUCUUCAACAUUCUAGCAAAGUUCAAUGGCAACACAGAGAAGGAGUACAAAACGUACAAAGAGAACUUCCUCAAAAGGUUCCAGUUAACCAAACUUCCACCCUACCUUAUUUUCUGCAUCAAAAGGUUCACCAAGAAUAACUUCUUCGUUGAAAAGAAUCCCACCAUUGUGAACUUUCCCAUUACGAAUGUUGACCUACGUGAGUAUCUCACAGAAGAGGCCCAGGCUACUGAGAAGAACACAACCUAUGACUUAGUGGCCAAUGUGGUACAUGAUGGGAAACCUUCUGAGGGAGCAUACAGAAUUCAUGUCCUGCACCAUGGUACAGGGAAGUGGUAUGAGCUUCAAGACCUGCAGGUGACAGACAUCCUACCACAGAUGAUUACACUGUCAGAAGCAUAUAUACAGAUAUGGAAGAGACAAGAAACUGAAGAAAAAGGAAACAGCCAUACAGGGGCAUAAUAGGUGCUGAAGUUUAGUAGUCCUCAGACUAAGAGCAGAAUGUCUGCACUGAAGGCCUUGACUCUGACCUCUGAAUUCUGACCUUCAUACCAUUUUGUACUAAAAUGUAUGUAAAUGUUGAGCUUUCUUAGAAAAAAUGCCAUUUGUUUAUUAAAAAUUUUAAGCAUA